AUGAGCGUCGCUCCCCGACUCUUGUCGUCCCUCCGGGCCUCCCUCCGAUCAGCGCAACCUCUUCGCGGCCCCCACAUCUCCGCCGCCCGAUCUGCCCCUGUCGCAGGUUCAGUCCGCUCCGCAGGCUCUAGACGCUUCGCUUCCUCGUUCGGCUCCUCCCCACUCCCAUCUACCGCCUCCUCCUCCGGAACAGGCGGCUCCCGCUUCCGCUCCCAGCUCGCCAAACCCACCACUAUCGUCCUCAUCUUCGUUCCCAUUCUCUGUGGAUUCCUGGGGGUAUGGCAGGUCAAGAGACUGAGGUGGAAGGUGGCGCUCAUUGAUGAGGUUGAGCGGAAUUUGCAUAAAGAGCCGAUGGUCUUGCCUGGAAAUAUCAACCUCUCCGCCCUCCCCGACUUCUCUUUCCGCCGCAUACUCCUCCAAGGCCGCCUUCUCCCCCUCCCCAUCCUCCUCGGCCCUCAAGUCAAGGACGGCGUCCCCGGGUACGCGCUCAUUCAGCCCCUCGUCCGCCCCAACGGCGCAUCCACCAUCCUCCUCAACCGCGGCUUCAUCACCACCACCCGCGCCGCCGCUAUCCGGGCCGGGAAAGAGGGGGUGCCCGGUCCGGCGCAGGACGAGGAGGUGACGGUCGAGUGUAUGCUUAUGCGGCCUGGAGAGAUGGGGUUCUGGACGCCCGAGAAUAAGGUGGAGGGGAAUGAGUGGUUCUGGAGGGAUGUGGUGGGCAUGGCGGAGGUGGCGGGUGGAGAGGAGAAGGGGGUUCAGCCGGUUUUGGUGGAUGCGAUUGACCGUGGAGAAACACCAGCGACAUACCUCAUGCAGAGGGGUAUCCCGGUCGGAAGACCUGCGAAGGUCGAGCUCAGGAAUCAACAUCUAUCUUACGCGUACACCUGGUUCUCAUUAUCAGCAGCCACAUCAGCCAUGCUAUACUUUUUGCUAAGCAGAGGAAGGAGGGCACCGAGGAUGGACAAGCGGAUACGGGACCUGUAG